GUCAUAACCUAAUCCAGUAAGAUAUGCCCUGCUGUCUUCCUCUUCCUCCUUCCUUCUUCCCCACUAGCACGUGUCUCCUGCGAAACCCUAACCCCUCUUCUUCUUCUUCCAUCUUUCUCUUCCAGUAGUAUACUGUAACUCACCCCUUCCCAAUAAUCAAUUGAAAAUUUCAUUCCCCCCAGUGUCACCACUUUCCCUUUACCCUGUCUCCCCCACUUUGACUUCCACCUCACCCUUCAACCACUCCUUCAUCACAACAGUCAACAGAACAGCUGCUGCUUAAAUUCACAAAGGAUAUAGUAUAUUUGAUCAUAAAUUGUUGAAAUUAAGGCCUUCCAGUGGCAAUAAUGGGGACAGAAGAAGAGAGUACACCUGCCAAGCCUUCCAAAGCAGCUGCUUCAACUCAGGAAAUACCUACAACCCCUUCUUAUCCUGAUUGGUCAAGCUCUAUGCAGGCUUAUUAUGGUGCUGGAGCUACUCCGGCUCCCUUUUUUGCUUCAACAGUUGCUUCUCCAACUCCCCAUCCCUAUAUGUGGGGAAGCCAGCACCCUUUAAUUCCACCUUAUGGGACCCCAGUCCCAUACCCAGCUAUAUAUCCUCCAGGAGGAGUCUAUGCCCACCCUAGUAUGGUGACGACACCAAGUACAGCACAGACUAAUGCAGAUGUUGAAGGGAAGAAUGCUGAUGGGAAGGACCGAGGUUCAACAAAAAAACCCAAGGGAACUAAUGGAGGCAAGGUUGGAGAUAGUGCAAAAGCAGCCUCAGGUUCUGGAAAUGAUGGUGUUUCCCAAAGUGGUGAAAGUGGUAGCGAGGGUACAUCAGAUGGAAGCGAUGAAAACACCAAUCAGCAGGAACGUGCUGCUGGUAAAAGGGGAAGCAUGGACCAGAUGCUUGCGGAUGCCAGUGCACAUAAUAACACGGCUGGGGCAGUUCAAAGCUUAGUGCCUGGGAAACCUAUUGCCUCCAUUCCUGUAACUACUCUAAAUAUUGGGAUGGACAUAUGGAGUGCAUCCCCUGCUGCAGCAGGAGCUGCAACGAUAAGACCCAAUUCAUCUGGUGCUGCAUCUACAGUUGCUCCUGGAAUGCCAGAGCAGUGGAUUCAAGAUGAGCGGGAGUUGAAACGACAAAAAAGGAAGCAGUCUAAUAGGGAGUCAGCUAGAAGAUCAAGAUUGCGCAAGCAGGCGGAAUGUGAAGAGCUACAAGUCAAAGUGGAGAACCUGACCAAUGAUAAUCGCAACCUUAGAGACGAGUUACAUAGCCUUUCUGAAAAAUGUGAGAAGCUUAUGUCAGAAAAUAAUUCCAUUAAGGAAGAAUUAACAAGAUUGUGUGGACCAGAAGCAGUAGCUGACCUUGAACAAAAAAACCCGUCAUCGGUUCUGCAAUCCCAUGGUGGCGAGGGGAAUAGCUAAGGGUAAACCUUCAAUGUCGGUCUGCCAUUGGUGCGUUGAUCUCUUGGUCCAUUGGAUUCUUUUUAUCUUAGGCUUCAAUUGACCACAGAGCAUUGUUUUCCUGACUAAUCAAUACACUUUUAACCAGUGAUAACUGUAAUAUUUGUUUGCCAAAUUUGACAGAUUCCUAGUUGGAUUUGUACCGUUAUAAACAAUUGAAUAGAAG